UCAGUCAGGUGUAACCUUUGUUUGACUUUACUUCUGUUGUCAGAAUCUAAGGGCAACUGUUGCUAUCUUCUGUAGGUGGUGCCUAUAUAGUAGCCUGUACUCUAGUAUAUGCACAUCCUACCAAAGGCUAAUGGAAACCACUAACAAGAACUGUAUGGCUUUGAAGCUGCACUGAGAAAUGAGUGUAAAUCAGACUUUGACACCCUGUAAUGUCUGUGGAAGAACAUUUUUUCCUGAAACCCUGUCCAAACACCAACCUAUUUGCAAGAAACUAUCUAACAAACAGCGCAAAGUUUUUGAUUCUUCUAAACAGAGGGCAGAAGGCACUGAAAUCAUUACAGUGAAGAAAAGAUCCCCGCCAAAGCAGCAACCAGUGAAGAAAUGCAGUUGGAGGCAGCAGCAUGAAGAUUUCAUCAGUUCCAUAAGAUCUGCGAAGCUGGCAACCACAGCGAUAAAAGAGGGUCGUCCUCUUCCUCCUCCACCACCCCCAACCAUCAAUCCAGAUUAUAUCCAAUGCCCUUAUUGCUUGAGGCGAUUUAAUGAGGCAGCUGCAGAGAGGCACAUUAAUUUCUGCAAAGACCAAGCUGCUCGGCGUGCUGUAAAUAAACCUCCAGUCAAAACACCGAACAAGCCACCAGGGAAGACACAGCCAUCAACCCCAAAGAAGACUGACCAAGUAAGAAGUACGACAAGACAGAAUACCAUGCCAAAGACACAAAGCAAGCCGAUUACAGGUGGUAACAAUGGAAAUACCGCAGUAAAGUCUGCUGGUGCUAAAGAACCAUCAUCUCGCUCUGUGUUGGGAAAGGGAGCCACAAACAAGCCCACUGCUCAGGAGAAUAGGUUAUCAGCGCCACGUAUGAGAAAAUAAGUCUGGGCAAUGUUCACAACUCAGACAGAUCUACAGUGAUUUGACCUUUAAAGAUCUUGAACAUGCAGAUAAUGAAGACAGGCUGGAAAAAGCAUAAAAAAGAAACUCACAAAAGCAGAAAUAGAAACUAUUCAAACAAAUUAUAUAUUAAUAAUAAAAUGAUAUUAAAGAUGUGCCUGAUAUCUGCACCCAAUUAUUGCAAGUAUUUUAUUUUUUACCCUGCUUUUUCAUAAUUGUAUAUCUAUUAUAUUGCAAAUAACAAAAUCUGAACUUGGGGGUUGAUACUA